AUGCUUCUUAAACAAGAUUUUCCAUAGUCUCAAACUAGCCUUAAUCAAUCACCAUCAUUGACAUUAUAUCUUUAUAAACAUUCUUAAGCUCAGUCUUGAGAAUUCAUUGUGCAGAAGGAACCUACACAUCUUAUUUUCUUCGUAGCCGGAAUUGAAACUUACAAAAUGAUAGAAUCCGCCCCUUCGAAAAUACUUAUAGGAAUCUCAUUAGAUCAAGAACAAAGCAUGGAACUUCUAUCUUGUGCAAUCUGUAAUUUGGCUCGUCCAAAUGAUGUUAUCAUUGCCAUGCAUAUUCUUGUGACAGAAACCAGAACGAGGAGCAAGGAGAAAAGGAGAUCUCCCAAAUCAAUGAACAGAUAUCAUACACAAAUACGAAAAGCAAAAGCUUUUGUCAUAUCUGUUAUGGGUGAAUUUGCCAAUGUUUGCCGUGCCAAACAGGUGAAAUUGGAGGCAAGAGUUGGAUUUAGUUCUAGUGUUGGAAAAGGACUUAUUGAAGAAACCAAAAACAUAUCAUCUAAGUAUCUACUCAUUGCAACCAAAAGUCACGAAUCAAACCGGACCAGGGUCUCUCAAACACAGAAGUACUGUAUUGAUCAUAUGCCAAAUUCAUGUUCACUAGUUUUAGUUCAGAAAUCUGAUAUGCCACAACUAGAUUUGAAGUCAACAGCCAUUGACUUAGAAGAUUUCCCCAAUAAAAAGAGUGAGCAAGAGUCCCCUAGAAAUGUGAUGGAUUUAUCUGAAGGAGAUAGUAUUGAAGAAGAUAGUUCUAGCUUUGAGGGAUCAACCAUAACAGAGUCUCCUCCAUCACCAAACGCUCGAGAAUUGAAAGUGCAAUCUUCUUUUAGAUGGUCUAUAUCAUCGUUGAAGCGCAUUUCAUCUUUCUUACGCUUACCAUUUGAGCAGAACGCAAAACAAACAGAAGUCAAGCAUCCAAUCAAAGAACAACCACGACCUCUAUUGAAGUGCUUCAGUUAUGAUGAGCUUGCCAAUGCCACAAAUAACUUUAAUGAAGAUAAUAUUGUUGGAAUCGGAGGUUAUUCCGAGGUAUACAAAGGUAAUCUAGAAUCUGGACAAGUCAUUGCAGUUAAAAAGCUAGCCAAGGACAACAAAGAUCAAAAUAAGGAGAAAGAGUUCCUAAUGGAGUUGGGCAUUCUUGGACAUAUUAACCAUCCCAACACCGCGAGCUUAGUUGGUUGUUGUGUCGAAAAUGGAUUGUAUCUCAUAUUCAACUACUACCCUAAUGGAACUCUCUCCUCUGCGAUACAUGGUAAAAGAGACAAGCAUUUAGAGUGGCCUGAAAGAUACAAAAUUGCACUCGGAAUUGCUAGAGGGUUACAUUAUCUUCACACAUGUUGUAAGCACCGUAUAAUACACCGUGAUAUUAAAGCAUCCAACGUUCUUCUAGGUCCAGACUUUGAACCGCAGAUUUCAGACUUUGGUCUGGCGAAAUGGCUGCCUAGCCAAUGGACACACCAUGCUGUAAUUCCUGUCGAAGGGACAUUCGGAUACUUAGCACCAGAAUACUUCAUGCAUGGGAUUGUUGAUGAAAAAACAGAUGUGUUUGCAUUUGGAGUUCUUCUUUUAGAGAUCAUAACAGGGCGAAUGCCCAUCGAUUCAGAAAAGCAGAACCUGGUUUUGUGGGCAAAGCCACUUAUGGACACUGGAGACAUCAGCGAAUUAGUUGAUCCAGAUCUAGAAGAAGCAUAUGACUUUGAUCAAAUGCAUAGACUAGUCCUCACAGCUUCAUAUUGUGUACAACAAUCUUCGGAUUCGCGACCUACCAUGACUGAGGUGCUGGAAGUUUUACAAAGCGGAAAUGAGUCAGAAUUCGCAAAGAGUUGGGAUAUACCAAAAUUUAAACAAGAGGAGAACGAAAUGGAUGAUUAUUCCAUGAUCUUUGGGUAUGAUGUUCCUUCAGAUAUAAGUUUGGAAGAUAUAUAGGGUACCCUAUUUAUUUUUUUGGUAAGGGCUUGUAGUUUUGGCCCAGGCAACUCCCAUAAAAUAAUCAGGUUUAAAUAUAUUAGAGACAAAUUGGAUUUUAAUAAUCAAAACUAUAACCUAUUGACUGGCAACAGUUGUGACCAAUGAUACUUCUAACUUUCACUUUCUUUGCCAAUGAUAAUCCACUCUAACGAAGAAAGACUUCUACCCCUAACUUUCAUUUGUGUCAUUUUAAAAGAAUUUCCAAUAUCGUGACAAUGAUUAAAUCAGUCAAUCGGUCAUUAUGGGCGACCAAAGAUGUUUUUCCAUUAAAGUGGGAUUUGCCUUGGCAACGAAAGUAAAUACUGAAAGUGUCACACACUUCUGAGUUAUUAUCGUGCAAUGGUUAUAGUGUGGAUUAUUAACAUCUGUUUUGGUUAUAUUAAAUUUAAUUUCAUUAUUGAUUGUCACUAUAGCAUGCCUUGUAUUUCUUUUUUAGUUUUCAAGUGUUAAUCAAGGAAGAAUAUUAUUGUUCUUUUAUCGGUUGUAACUUCUUUGUGGCUCAGUCUUUAUUGAUGUUUUUACGAAUUUAUAUUUGGUCUCAA